UGGAUGGGGCUACAUCCAUGGCUACAGCUGACUUCAGAGAGCUUCUGUCACAUUUGACACACUUAAUUGUACUUUAUUGUAAUAGUACGAUGUAAGUAGUUGAUAGUUUGGGUUGGUAGAUUAUCCCGGAUGUUUCGACGCACAACAUAUGUUGAGUAAAACACUAAAACGAACAAAUUUUCGCGUUGUUUUGGUGAGACUAGCUAAUCAGGAAAUGUUUGAAUGUUGGUCGUAAAGUAGAAUGCAGCCUCAGUUUUACGACUACGGCGUGUCGUCAUUGUCGUAACGUGAGAGAAUGUGUCGGUAAAUAAAGGCUUAGCUUUGACUGGUAAUUUCAGAAGGACUUUAAGAUGCUCUUCUCUUUCUUCAUGUGCAUUAUUGUUAUGUGUAUAUAAUAUAAUUGAAUAAUAGAUAACAGUUUGGUGAACGAUUGUAGAAAAUAUGUCAAUUGACUGACACAUAGCCAACGCUAACUAGCUAUGUGUUGCUAGCUGUUUUCUGUAUUGCAGAGAACAAAUCUCUUCAGCUUAACGCUAACCUUGGUCACAGAUUGCACUUGAAAUUUAUCCACCGAGACUUGUAAGAGAACCGUAUGUGUUGAGUUACAGCCUGAACUGCGUGUGGGGUCAGUUUUGUCACCUUCAGCACUUGAAGCUCAGUUCAUGUAAAAUGUCAGCGCAAAAAGACUGUGAGUUUUUGGUGAAAAGAGCCCGGGAGCUGGUCUCUGAUGAUCCCUGUGCGGCCAAAGCCUGGCUCAUAACUGCCAGGACCCUUUACCCUGCAGAUUUCAAUAUACAGUAUGAAAUGUACAUAAUUGAACGCAACGCAGAGAGGACCGCUUCAGCAGGGAGACUGCUGUAUGACAUGUUUAUAAACUUUCCAGAUCAGCCCAUUGUUUGGCGGGAGAUCAGUGUCAUCACAGCCGCCCUGCGCAGUGACUCACAGGACAAACAUGCACAGUUUCUACGAGGCCUUUUUGAGACACUGCCUGGCCGUGUGCAGUGUGAGAUGCUACUGAAAGCCACAGAGCAGUGUUUCAACACUUUAGAGAAGGCGGAGAUGCUGCUCCUCCUUCUUAAGCGCUUUCCAGAGUCUGUGGUUCAACACGGGGUCAAUCUAGGAGAAACAUUGCUAGAGGCAGAGGCAUCAGAGAAUGUGGAGACUCCUGUCAACUGCUUCAGAAAACUUUUUGUGUGUGAUGUCCUUCCUUUGGUCAUAAACAACAUGGACAUGCGCUUGCCGGCCAGCCUCAUGCAGAAGUACAUGCUGAAAGCAGCUGAAUUCUACAUCGGCUAUGUGACCCGUGGACCCUCACCUGAUGUACAGAUACAGGGCUCUCAAGAAGGUGGGUCUCUGAAGUCCCCCAGCAUUUCCCGUGGCUCUCAGCGAUACGUGAUUGACGGCCUGUCGGAAAAGUCGUCAGUGGUAGCCGAACCUUGGGAGAGGCUGUUGGAUAUCCUUGCUGUGGUCGGGGCACGCUGCGAGUGGCAGGGAGACAAGGGACAGAGGAGUUAUGUGGACAUGCUGCAAAGAGUGAAGGAGCUGUGUCGCUACCUGCCUGGUCUUGAAGGAGACACAAGGUCCCGCUGCUGCAGUCAAGUGGUCAUCUGUACUGCGCUCGUCCUCUUCCGCAGCGCCUUCCUUUACGUCUCAGCUGUACAGCCGGCUCUGUUCCAGGGUGUGAAUGCGUUGAGCUCGGGGCCGUGGAUCCUGGUAGAGGAUUUGAGCUCGGUGUAUAAUGAUGUGGAGGUGGAAAGAGGAGCAUUGAAACAUGCACAUAAAAAACGCAAACUGGCAGACGGUAGAGAGAAGACGAUGAGCUCAGAUGAUGAGGAGGGGUUGGGAAAAGGUCGCGGUCGGCACAUUUUAGUGAACAAGACUGAGAUGCUCGGCUGGUCUGAGACUCUGGAGAGCUUCCGCACAGCGAGGGAAAGCUGGGAUCUUCUUCACUCACAUGAUGGCCUGGAAACUGAGUUCAAGAAGAUCUGUGCCUCUUGGAAGACGGACAGCUGGCUGUGGUUCAGAAUAUUCCUGUCCGACAUGAUCAUAUACCAGGGACAGUACCGUAAGGCCCUCUCCAGCCUGCACCAGAUGGCUGUAGUACAGCAGCCUCAGCCUGAACAGCAGAGCCCCUCAGGUCAGGCCAGUCUGGAGCACCACAGGGCCCUCAUACAGCAGGCCUCCUGCCACUAUGCGCUGGGAGAGUACAGGAUGGCCUGUGAGAAGCUGCUUGAUGUUGUCAGCGGGCUGGUGCCCCCGAACCAAGAACCAACAAAAAACCCAGAGGAUCAGGGUAGAGUCAAGACAAAAACGAGGAAAGGUAAUGACCUGAGGUUGCUUCCCUGCACCAGCAAAGCUGUGUUACCUUUCUGUCUCCAGCUGAUGCUGGCCUGCUUUAAGCUCCGUGCCUUCACAGACAGUCGUGACGACCUGUCCCUCGGUCAUGUGGUGGUGCUCCUGCAGCAUGACUGGCCACAGGGUGAAAUGCUGUUUUUAAAGGCAGUGGAGAAAAUCUGCCAGCAAGGCAGUUUUCAGUAUGAGAAUUUCUUCAACUAUGUCACCAAUAUUGACAUGCUGGAGGAGUUUGCAUACCUGCGCACUCCUGAGGGAGGGAGGAUUCAACUGGAGCUGCUGCCCAAUCAGGGCAUGUUGAUCAAACACCACACAGUGACUCGUGGGAUCACCAAAGGAGUGAAGGAAGAUUUCCGUCUGGCCAUGGAGAGGCAGGUGUCGCGCUGUGGAGAGAACUUGUUCACUGUGCUUCACCGCUUCUGCAUCAACGAGAAAAUCAUCAUCAUCCAGUCCCUUCCUUGACACCUGGCCUAUGACUUUUAAACCUUUUCAUAGUUGAUAUCCUGUUCACAGUUUUAGUGCAGCUGGACUGACUUUAUGACCCCAGCACUGGACUCAUUUCUCACGCUCCUGUCUUUUGUCAUCCCACACUGAACUCUUAAGAAAAGAGCAAGUCUCCUUCCUUUAAAAGUGGAUCUCUCUUCUCAGUGAGUUGGAGAGAAUACCAUGUUUCUGAAUCUACUGUGCUCAUGCAGUUUUCCUUGUAUGUGUGUAGUCUUUUUUUUCUUGGUUUUUAACCACAACAUGUGCUUAACCACAUUUAAAGUGCUUUAAUCGUGUUGUGACAUUUUGUGGGAGUCAGCGUUGACAAAAGAAUUAAGAGCAUUUUUGAUAUUCUUGUGCAAGAUUUAUUGUUUUUGUUACAAAUACAACAAUGGAAGACAUGUUUCUAUUAAAUGUCAUCUAAAUGA